AUUAUAAAUUAUAUUUUGUUUGGAUAAUCGUAGUGUCCAAUUCAGCUCAUGAGCACCUCGACUAAUUUCACAGGUAUAGGAAGAUACAUAUUAUUUAGCAACUUUCAAAGAGCUUGAUGCAUAUUAUUUUGCAACUUCCAAAGAGCUUCUAGUGUUUGGAUAAUCGUAGUGUCCAAUUCAGCUCACGAGCACCUCGACUAAUUUUAUAGGUACCAAGAAGAUGCAUAUUAUUUUGCAACUUUCAAAGAGCUUCUAGUGUUUGGAUAAUCGUAGCGUCCAGUUCAGCUCACGAGCACCUCGACUAAUUUCACAGGUACCAAGAAGAUGCAUAAUAUUUUGCAACUUUCAAAGAGCUUCUAGCGUUUGGAUAAUCGUAGCAUCCAGUCUAGCUCACGAGCACUUCGACUAAUUUCACAGGUACCAGGAACAUGCAUAUUAUUUUGCAACUUUCAACUUCUAGUGUUUGGAUAAUCGUAGUGUCCAGUUCAGCUCACGAGCACCUCGACUAAUUUCACAGAUACCAAAAAGAUGAAUAUUAUUUUGCAACUUUCAAAGACCUUCUAGCGUUUGGAUAAUCGUAGCGUCCAGUUCAGCUCAACCUCGAUACCAAAAAGAUGCAUAUUAUUUUGCAAAUUUCAAAGAGCUUCUAGCGUUUGGAUAAUCGUAGCGCCCAAUUCAGCUCAGGAGCACCUCGACUAAUUUCACAGAACAUGCAUACUAUUUCGCAACUUCCAAAGAGCUGCUAGUGUUUGGAUAAUCGUAGCUUCCGGUUCAGCUCAUGAGCACCUCGACUAAUUUCACAGGACUUUGCUUAUCAAUAUGUAACAUUAAUAGUACUCAUUAUCUAAGAGAUCCAGCAACUUUAUGGUGUCCUGAUAACAUCUUCAAGUUGGGAUUUUUCAGUCCUGGAAGUAGAAAUAGCUCGAAUCGCUACGUUGGUAUUUGGUACAACUUCUCAGAAACAACUGUUGUUUGGGUAGCAAAUAGAGAUAAACCAUUGAAAGAUUCAUCUGGUGUAUUCAAGAUAUCUGAUGAUGGAAAUCUUGUUGUGAUGAAUGGAAUGAAUGAAAUUCUUUGGACGUCAAACGUGUCAUCUAGUUCGCGUGUUGUUAUGAAUUCGACAGCUCAGUUACGCAGUGGGAACCUUGUUUUACUUGAUAACGCGAAAAAUGGGAACGUAAUAUGGCAAAGUUAUCAACAUCCUAGUGAUACAUUUUUGCCUAAGAUGAAAAUUCCUAUUAACUCUGCUAAAACAGGAGAGAAAACAUGUCUAAGAUCUUGGAAAAGUUCAUUGGAUCCAAGUUUUGGUGAUUUUUCGACUAGUAUUACCGCGAUUCUUCCUCAGCUUUUAAUUUGGAAAGGGGAGUAUGUUCUCUGGCGUAGUGGUCAAUGGAAUGGUCAGAUUUUUAUUGGAAUAAAGCGUAGGCGUAGCGUGCAUACUGGUGAAUACAAUGUUGUUGAUGAAGAAGAGGGAACUGUGUAUCUUACGCGCCUUGUUGAACGAAAGGAAGCUACUAGGUUCGUCUUGGAAACGACUGGGAACUUGGUACAGUCAUACUGGGAUGAGAUUGAGAGGAAAUGGAAGUUCCCAUGGUCAGCGAUUGAAAAUGAUUGCGAUGUUUAUGGAACUUGUGGUCCAUUUGGGAGGUGCAAUUCAUUGGAUUCGCCAAUUUGUUCGUGUUUAAGAGGGUUUGAGCCAAAGAAUAGAGACAAAUGGAGAAAGGGGAAUUGGAGUAGUGGUUGUGUGAUGAGGAAAAGCUUGCAAUGUGAUUGA